AUGGAGAUUGAACAAGAUGAAGCGUUCAUACCACAGGUUGAUUCGUCGGUCAAGCCUUUGAUAGGACAACAUGUUGACUUAAAUGAAGAAUUUAUGGCUAUUCAUGUUGACUUAAAUGAAAAACCGCUGAUCAACACCUCAUUCGCUAUGGAAAAGCAGAUGACAGAGAUUACACGAAGGGAGCAUGAUUUUUUACCUGCUAGCAUUGGUUUGGAUAUAGGCCCGGGCUUGAGGCUUGGGAAUAGGAAAUAUAAAAAAUCCUUAGAUGUUUCUCCACUGUGGGAAUCCACAAGCAACAGACGUCAUUCCGAUUUGGACAUGGAGCAGCACAUCUCCCCGCAAGCGCCGGAUCCUCCGCGUGAGCUCCACCACGUGUUGCUGAUUUUUUUUGCCUCAAAAAGCUCCCUGCUUGUCACCAUUCUGUUCGAGGUCGCCGCCGGUCACCCCACAGCGAUCAGACCGGCCGGCGCCGAAUCCUCCACCCGAGCUCCACCACAUACCUCGCUCGCCAAGAUAAGGCCCAGCCGCACGCGGUCUCUCCCGGAUCCGCGCGCCGAAUCCUCCGCGCGAGCUCCACCAUGGUCGCUGAUAUUCUUCAACUCCGAAAUAUCCCAGCGCGUCGCCAUUCUGUUCGAGGUUCAAGCCGAUUGA